AUGGCCACUCGUGAACUCCAACCACCCAGAUCCCCGCGGUUGAACCUCCGGAUUUACCAGGACAACGGUUCUCUUCUGGCUGCCCUGGAAAUCCCAACUGACGAGCAAUAUCAAUACAUUUCUCCUGAGAUGCUUUAUCGAUACUGCUCACUAAUAUUUAUCUUUCCCGGCGAGGAGAAGAUGUGGAAAAUUUACAAAUUGCAGGAGGACGGCACAACAGGUGCUGCACUCCCGUCUAGUAGUCGGGCUCUAGUCAGCCCCGGCAACUACAUAGUCCUUGAUACAAAGAGAAAUCCCACUACUGUCAACCUCACGACUGAGAGUGCUCCACGCCGCAUCAGAACUCGUGACAUCAGUUCCCAGGACCAGGGUCAGAGUGAACGAGACCGCUUGCAAAGGUCAUUUCGCGACAGCCUCCGCAACAGAGACAGAUGUUGUACAAUUACCGGGCUAUCUACCAUUUUUAUCGAAGAGCACCCUUUCCAAGAUGUUGACGCUACGCAUGUCUUCCCUGUAAUCAGGCUGGAGGAAUGGAGACGAGGCGGAUACCGGCGCUGUAUUACGGACACUCGCCCCAAUAGUGAGAUUGGAGAUUCUGGCCUCUAUUCUGCCCAGAAUGGGCUUCUCCUCCGUGCGGAUAUUCACGCACACUUCAAUGCUUUCCAAAUUGGAAUUGACCCCGAUGCCAAUUACAAGAUUAUUGUAUUCGGAAGUGAUCCUACGGGAAUGGGUGGUACUCGCCUCCGAGACUCUGCCAGAAGUGGAACCCAGCGUGUGAGUCCUGACCUCCUUCGUUGGCACCUGCGGAUGUGCCUGUACAAUAGAUUCAAGGCCAAUGCCGAACCAAGGCCGAUGUGGGAGGAGGAUCUUGAGGAAGAUCCGAUAGGCAGCAUUCUCAUGCAGCCAGACGCGGCUGGACGAAUGGAGGUUGAGCUUUUCACCCGCCUGGGAGGACUGGUAGCGUGA